GAAACAAAUCUGAAAAAUCUGAGUUAAGCCAACCACAAUCACUCGAAGACUCACUCCCAAAAGUUUACUUGUCUCUUUCUCCACCACUACCUUACGAAAACCCUAACCCUAAUCUCUGAAUCCUCAAUUUUUCCCCUCAAUCGCUCAGAUGGAAGACGAAGAAGGGAUCGGAUUGAUUUUAGCCAGAGCCACCGAGCUUCGACUCAAGAUCAGCGAUUGUAUCGAUAGCUCCAGCACCGCCGUCAGCGAAAACGGCGGCGACGGCGGCGGAAACGAGGAUCUUUCUCCCGGAGAAGGAAGAAAAGAUGAGAUUUUUAGAAAUCAAGACAAGGAUUUCGACUCAAUCAGCUCUGAUGACGUAGUAGAGGAAGCAGAAGCUGAGCGGCUUUUGCGUAUUCGUGAUGCUAUUGAAUCUCUCGAGUCUCAGCUUGCUUCUUUACAGAAUUUGAGGCAAAGACAACAGUAUGAGAAGCAAGUAGCUCUCUCUGAGAUUGAUUACAGUAGGAAAAUGUUGCUUGAGAAGCUUAAGGAGUACAAAGGGAAAGACUUUGAAGUACUACGCGAGACUACGACUUUUGCUGGAGAAAGAGUUGAUUAUGAGAAUGAUCUCUUACUUCCUCCUUAUCCUGUUCAUCCUCCUGUAUCCAUCGGUUUAGAUAAUAAUGAUAAUAAUGGUUACCUUUCUCACUUACCUUCCAAGAAGAAGUCUGAUGCUAAUGGGUUCGGUUCAGGACAUGUGAGAAACGAUGCAGAGGUGAAAAGUCCUGAGGGAGGAUCUGGAGGAGGCUCGGAUCAUGGUGUGAUUCGCUUCUUAGGGUCUGUUGCUAAGAUUGUGCUUCCAAUCAUUGGUGUUAUUUCCAUAUUGUCUGCAUCUGGUUAUGGUCUAGAGAUGAGGAGAAGAGGUGCGUCCUUGAACCUUCUUGGACUUCUCCCACAGCGAGCAGUCAGAGGGAAGAAAACACCUAACCAGUGUCCACCGGGGAAAGUUCUUGUGAUUGAAGACGGGGAAGCACGGUGCCUUGUUAAAGAAAGAGUCGAAAUACCCUUUGACUCUGUUGUUUCAAAACGCGAUGUAACUUACGGAUACGGUUGAGUUUGCAAAAAACACCCUUCUCUGUAACCCCUUCAUUGCCUGGAUUCAGUGUGUAAAGUUUCAACCUUUUUUUAUCACAUAGAUGUGAAAGUCACAUGGUGCUACAUAACAUUUCACAAGUUUUAAACUUGCUUCUGCUUCUCAGCAAAUAAUCUAGGAUAUAGAUAGAUCCAUAUGCAGUAGGAUUUGUAUUCUACCAUCAAUGGAUUCAAUGUAUUUUUACACAACUCGCACCACUUGUGUGGUAUAUAAGUCAGUAUAAUAAUGAUAUAAAGAGAUAUGGAUACUUUUCAA